AUGGAUUUCAAAAUUCAUGAAGAUGGGAGUUUAAGAUACAAAGGCCGUUGGUGUGUACCACAAAAAUGUGAGGAGGUGAAGGGAAAGUUGAUGGAAGAGGGUCACAAUACACCAUACUCAGUACACCCAGGAGGGGACAAGCUAUAUAAGGACUUGAAAAAGGUGUAUUGGUGGCCCAGAAUGAAGAAUGAAAUUAUGGAAUUUGUGUCAGUGUCGAACUUGUCAGAAAGUGAAGAUAGAACACAAAAGACCUCAAAGAGUGGAAAUGACACCAUUUGGGUAGUGGUGGAUAGACUCACAAAAUCUGCAGUGGUUUUACCAAUGAAGGAUACUUGGAAGAUGGAACAACUUGCAAAAGCUUACAUAAAAAAUGUGGUGAGAUUACAUGGAGUUACAAAGGAUAUAGUGUCUGACAGAGAUUCUAGGUUUCUUUCAAGCUACCAUGCAAGUAUUGGCAUGGCCCCAUUUGAGGCAUUAUAUGGAAGAAAGUGUCGCAGUCCAAUAUGUUGGAACGACAUAAGUGAAACAAUGAUUCUAGGGCCUCAAAUGAUCGAGGAUACAGUUAGGAAAUUAAGAAGGUAUAUCCCUGAUAAGUCACAUGUGCUACAACUAGAAACUAUUGAGUUAGAUCAAAGCUUAACUUAUAAGGAAAGACCUGUCAAGAUCCUUGACAGUAAAGUGCGUAGUACACGCAAUAAGGAAGUUAAGAUUGUCAAAGUGUUAUGGUCUAACCAAGAGUAUGAGGAAGCAACUUGGGAAGCCGAGGAUGAGAUGAAGAAGAAAUAUCCUGAGUUGUUUAAGGAUGUGUUGUGCUUAGGGACUGAUGCAGUGGUGGCUGUCAUUUUUUGUGGCUAUGUGCCGGAGGAGCUGCUCUUGUGGAUAGGAACAACGCAACAAGCUAAUGAUGAUGAUGUCUGCUUAGCAUUAACUGGGUUUAGGGAGUAG